AUGAUUGAUAUGAACGGUCAAAGACAAUCUUUUUUAUCACCUGUAUCUGGUACAGUUACUAAAUUGUAUAUUCAUGAACUGGAUACUCUUUCGUAUGGUUCAAUCAUUCUUGAAUAUGAAGAAUGUCGACAUACGAUCACUUUUAAAAAUCUGUGUAGUGAUUGUGGUAUCGAUUUAAAUCAAUUGAAAAAUGCUUUGUCAGCAUUAAAAUGUACAAAAUCUGUGAUAUCAAUGGAACCUUCAUUUCCAACAGUAAAAAUUACUGCAGAAGAAGCUUUGAGAUUCGAUAAUGAAGAGCGUAAUUAUCUUCUUCGUAAACGUAAAUUGCAUUUAUUGGUUGAUCUCGAUCAGACUCUGGUUCAUACGACAAAUUCUAGAAUUCACUAUCCGUCUUCAUCAGAUGUGAUUGCUUAUCAACUAAACACUCCAACAUCACAAACAUUCUAUACGAAAUUACGUCCAGGUGUCCAAGAAUUUCUGACAAAUCUUCGACCAUUCUAUCAAUUUCAUAUAGUUACUUUUGGUGAUCGACCGUAUGCACAUACUAUAGCUAAACUAAUCGAUCCAAAUGGAACAUUUUUUUCCCAUCGAAUCUUAUCGCGCAAUGAAUGUCUUAGUUUGACAGAUAAAACAGCCAAUUUGAGUAGUCUCUUUCCUUGUAGUGAUUCGUUAGUCUGUAUGAUAGAUGAUCGUGACGAUGUUUGGAAUUACGCUCCAAACCUAGUUCAUAUCAAACCGUAUAUAUGGUUCAAAGAUGUUGGUGAUAUAAAUGCUAUCCAUCUUCCAUCAUUAUCAAUCUCUCAUUCCCAAAUGGUUUCAUCAAUUAGUGAACAGAUCGAGAAUAGCGAAGACCGACAGCAAUCAAGUGAAAAACGUAAAUUCAAUAAGCAGAGCGAUAAAUUAAGUAAAAGAUUCAAAGAAAACAAUUCCCAUGAAGUUGUGGAUACUGAUCUCUAUUUAUACCAACUAGAAAUUAUUUUAAAACAUAUCCAUACGAUAUUCUAUACAGCUUAUGAUCAAUGGAUUCAAGACAAACAUGGGAUCAUGCCAAAUUUGAAGCAAAUUAUGCCUAAUGUUCGUCGACAAGUACUCAGUUCCGUAUCUCUGUGCUUCUCUCAUUUAAUGCCAAAAAAUUAUCCCAUAGAAAAACAUCGUGCAACAAUUAUGGCUAAAACGAUGGGAGCAACAGUUACUCAUGAUCUGCAAUAUGAUCGGAAUGGCAACAUUCAAACAACGCAUGUCAUUGCUGGAAAACAAACGAUGAAAGUCUAUCAAGCUCUACAACAUAAUAUAAAAGUUGUCACACCAGAAUGGCUAAUUGAUUGUUAUGAACGAUGGGAAAAGACACCAGAAGAAAACUAUAUUCUCAUGUCAGAUUAUGAUGUUCGUAAAUCAAGAUUGUUCACAGAAGAAACUCCUCGAGUAUCUAAACGACGUUAUUGUGAUAUGCAACAUGAAGUAUCUGUUGUCACUCAACCAUCAUCUUGGUGUGAACAAAUAACCACUAAUCGAAAACAAUCUCAAACAAACAAUAGUAAACUUUCAAAUAAGAUUCCAAUGGAUCAUUCAUUCGACCAGUAUACCUUCAAUAUGAGUGCUGACGAAUGUUUUGAUGUGGAAAAAGAAGUGAAUGAAUUAUACAUUGGAGAUGAUGACGAUUCUGAUGACACACAUCCACAACCAUUGAAACGGCAACGCACAGCAACACCUGCAAAGACUCUCGACACAAAUAUCGACGAUAAUGAUGAUGGUUUCGAAUCGGACUCAACGAGUAUGCAGAAAUUGUACGAUUUAAUUUCCGGCAAGAGAGAUGACAAUAGUUCAGAUGAAGAGAGUCUUGGUGAUGAUGAUGUACCUCGAGGUUGGAAAAAAGUCUACAAAAAGAAAUGCUAA